AUGGCUAUCGCUGGCGCCCAACGAAAACAGGUUCUCAAGGUGUUGAUGAUCUCGCUCCUACUAGACCUCAUCUCCUUUACCUUCAUCCUGCCCCUCUUUCCUUCUCUACUAUCCUUCUACCGCGCGCAAGACCCAUCGCCCACCUCCCUCCUCAACCGCAUCUUUCACUACCUCAACGCAUACAAAAACGCCUUCGCCCGUCCCAUCGACUCUCGCUAUGACAUCGUCCUCCUCGGCGGAGCCCUGGGCUCACUCUUCUCCCUCCUGCAAGCUUUCGUCGCCCCGAUAAUCGGCCACCUCUCCGACCGCCACGGCCGCCGGCGCGCCCUGUUAACCGCCAUGGUCGGGAAUAUCUGUAGCGUCGCGCUCUGGGUCUCUGCGACGGACUUCCGGACGUUCCUGGCUAGCCGGGUGGUCGGCGGGCUCAGCGAAGCCAAUGUACAACUAGCCAACGCCAUUGUUGCAGAUGUCACGGACGAAUCGCAUCGUGGCGCGUCGAUGGCGCUUGUCGGGGCUUGUUUCAGCAUUGCUUUCACGUUCGGCCCGAUGCUGGGUGCUGCGCUGAGCUCGGUGGAGAUUGUUGUCGCGAACCCGUUCAUCGCGGCUGCGCUGGUCUCGCUGGUUCUUAUUUUCGCCGAGACGGUCUAUCUGUGGGCGUGUUUGCCGGAGACGCAUCCGCGGUUUACUACGCUGAAACAAGAGGCCAAAGCUGAGUCUGAUGGGAUGGAGCAGUCUUCGUCGAAGGGUAGGUCCGUCGCGUCUCGCGGGCACACGAAUAACCCGGCCCUCCUCAAUGCCCUCCACUUCCUCUUCCUGCUCCCGUUUUCGGGCCUGGAGUUCUCUCUUCCCUUCCUGACGGCCACCCUCUACGCUGGAACUACCACGGCUAGCCCAGCCGCGUUGAACGGCCGUCUCCUCUCCUUGAUGGGCCUGAUUGCCUCCCUCCUCCAGGGUACAGUAGUCCGGCGUCUACCCCCGCUAGUCACCGUGCGAGUCGGCGUCAUCGCCUGCGCGCUGUCAUUCUUCUGUCUGGCGCAUGUCUCCUCCCCAUCAGGUCUCUACGCCGCAGGCGGCUUAUUGGCUGUGACGAGCGCCACAGUUGUUACAGGCCUGAACAGUUUAGGCAGCUUCGAGGCCCGGGAGGCCGAGCGUGGGGCUGUGAUGGGCCGGCUCCGCGGUUGGGGUCAAGCCGGACGUGCGGCUGGUCCGAUCCUGUUUUGUACGUUGUUCUGGUGGGCCGGGCGCGGAACGGCGUAUACUGUCGGCGGUUUGGCCAUGUCCGUUGUGGCCGUGAGCGUCUUCGGCCUCUUGAAGUCACCUUCGGGGCAUGCUAAAAUGGAGUAG